ACUAAUUUCUGAGAGUGAGUCAACCCGAUAACACGCGAUACCAUAUCGAUUCGUAGUAAAAGAUAAGACGAUAGUGAGUGCCGAAUAUUUCACGUAAUGUAUGUUAGUAUCGCGUAACCUUAAUUUUUUGGCACCACAAUGAGUGCAAUUAAACAGUAUUUUAGGGAAGAGGCAAAAGUGCAGAUGUUAGUGUUAGGCCAUCCCAAACCGUCGGACUUUUAUCUCAGUGUUUGGCAAACAACUCGGUCCGCGGUCCCACUUCUCAUUUGGCGGUCGUUCCUAUUUCUAGUGUCACUUGGAGUUGUUCUCGCGUCUCUAAUUCUGUAUAUAUUGGCGUCUAAAGCAGGUUAUUGGUUCAUUUACCUGACGCAUUGGGGUCUCACGAUAAACACAUUAGCCACUGGAUUUGCAGUUGUUGUCUCCGCGCGCUGCUAUCUCUAUGGACCGAUAAGCGGCGAGUUUCUUUUACCAUGGUACGUGAAGAUCUACUGGGUGUUUUACAACUCGGCAAUUCCCCUUGCCUUCCUCAUCACCAUAUUUUACUGGACUGUACUCUAUGGAUUACACGAAGAAGAGGAGUUGAACCAUGCCCUAGAUGUCUCUGUUCACGGCGUGAACUCUCUGGUGAUGUUUGGGCUCCUCAUCAGUGCCUCGCAGCCAUCGCGAAUGUGGCACAUCUACCAACCACUACAAUUCGCCAUUCUCUACGUGAUCUUCAGCGCAAUCUAUUAUGCUGCUGGUGGAGUUGAUCCGAGCGGCAACAGAUGGAUUUACUCCGUAGUGGAUUGGUCAUCGCCAGGCACGACGAUAGGCCUUGUAGCGUUGACAGGGCUCCUACUAGCGGUGCUGCACUUCGUGGUGAUGGGGCUGGCCGUCGCACGAGACGCGCUAGCUUCCAAGUUGUUCCACGACUCGGUUACAGUGCAUGGGGCGGAGGGGGUACCGCUAAGGCGACGGCCAAGUCAAAUUCAGACCUCAAAUGCAUAGA